UGUUUUCUGUUUCUUUUCGAAAUGUUUAUUAUUACUUGUCAAUAUUGACAAAUUAAAAACUUACUUGAAUAAUUAUGAAGAAACUAUUUUAUUAAACUUGAUAUCACAACACGUCGUCACGUUCAACAAUGUCGUUGAACACUAUAGCGGAAGAUUACUUUAAAAAUUUAAACUCUAUUUCUACCAGACUAUAUCAUGACCUGGAGGAAGUUAAAUCGACAUAUGAAGAUUUAUGGGAAAAUAUUCCCCAAAAAGAACAACAAAUAAUUUUGUCAGACAGCGUGAUAAAGCCUGAAUUAAUUAUAAAAUAUAAUCCAACCGAAAAAAAGAUAGAAGAAGAUUUUGCUGUAAAAGUAAUUUUUGAAGAAAAUUGCUCCUAUCGAGAUGAACACUCAGGUCCGUUUAGUUUUAAAACUCAAAGCCAAAGAGAUCUUAGUAUUUUAUGUAAUAAAAAAUCGGAAUAUUUUACUGAAAAUAAAAUAAAAUUGCCAGUAAUUAAACCGAAGGUACCACCUCCACCACCAAAGCCUACAUUGUUUUACAAAGAGCCCGAAGAAGAAAGUAUUUUAGAUACUUUGGAUAGUGACAGUACAAAUUCUCUUCUACCCAAAACGGGUUUAGAUUUUUUAGACAAUUGGUAAAAUAUUAAAGAACUUUGUCUGGUUUGAUUAUAGCUUUUUAAUGUAUUGAUUUGCUAAUCAAAUAUCCUAGUGUCUAAGUAUCAUUUUGCACUCAAUUUUUUAUUUUGUUUAAAUUUACAAAAACAAUAAUAAACCAAGAGGACAUUUAUUUAAAUGACAUGUUAGUUUAUCAUGUAAUAAGUAAUUAUUUAUUUG